CUGCCUUUAACCCUUCUCCUUGGUUGCUCUGUUCCUGCUGUUUGCUGUUUGAGGUCUCAACACUCGCUUAAUCUCAGCUAAAUAUAAUUCAAAGCUUGAAAGGGAACGAGAAAACAUCUAAUUCAGUUUAGCGAAAAUGGAGGAAGAAUUUAAUGCUGGAAGGAGCAGAGGCUCUUCUAAGAGGACUUUGCAAAUUACACCUCUUGAUGAGGAAGAUCAAGAAGAGGUUCAAAUUGAUGACAGUGGAGAUGUUGAUUCAUAUGAUGAUGAUGAUGAUGACGAGGAGGAGGAGGAUGAAGACAAGGAACCUGUGGGGUUAGGGGUUCUUGAAAAGCCUGAGAAUUCAUGGUCACUGCUACGUGAGUUAUUUCCAAGCAAAGCUGGGGGUACUCCUGCUUGGUUGGAUCCAAUUAACUUGCCAACAGGGAGAUCCUGUCUUUGUGAUAUCUGUGGCGAGCCUUUGCAGUUCAUGCUUCAGGUUUACGCACCACUCACGGAGAAGGAUUCGACUUUUCACCGCACCUUAUUUCUCUUCAUGUGUACAUCAAUGACCUGUCUCCUUAAAGAUCAACAUGAGCAGUGGAAAAGGAACCUAGACAAGCAAUCCAGGAGUGUCAAGGUCUUUUGUUGCCAAUUGCCCCGUGAUAACUCUUUUUACUCCAGUGAACCCCCAAGAAACAAUGGGAAAGAUAAACCUUCUAGUCCUGGAGCUGUUCUCUGUGGCUGGUGUGGUACGUGGAAAGGAGAUAAAGUCUGUGGUGGUUGCCGAAGAGUACACUACUGCUCGGAGAAACACCAGACUGUUCAUUGGAAAUCAGGUCAUAAACAAUGCUGCUUACCCUCAAGCAUUUCUCAGGAUGCAUCUGAACCUAGUAAUAAUAAGACUCUUAGGGAGGUGCAAGAAGUUGCAAGCAAGAGUCUCUGGCCAGAAUAUGAGAUUGCAAUUACUGAUGAAUGUGAGGAUAAAGUUUCUGAUGAUAAUGAUCAAGUGAACUCAUUGAUUUCUUCAAGCCGAGUGGAUGAAUCAAUUGAGGCACUUAUAGACAGCUUCGAGGGGGGAGAUGACAAGAAGAGUUGGGCAUCUUUCCAGGAGAGGAUAUCUCGUACCCCUGAGCAAGUAUUAAGGUAUUACAGAGAUGCUGGAGCAAAACCAUUAUGGCCAACUUCAAGUGGCCAGCCAUCAAAGGCUGACAUCCCUAAGUGCACCUAUUGUGGCGGCCGUAGGGCUUUCGAAUUUCAGGUUUUACCACAAAUACUCUAUUAUUUUGGUGUGGAAAAUGAUGUGCAUUCUCUUGAUUGGGCUACUAUUGCUGUGUACACCUGUGAAUCCUCGUGCGAUGGACAUGUAGCUUACAAGGAGGAGUUUGCUUGGGUUCAAAUUGCAUCUCAAUCAAGCACAACCCAGAGAUGAAACAUGUAAAGCAUGGUUUGAAACAAGAUUGAUAAUGGACCCGUAUUCUACCCUUCACUUAAAUACCAGACUUCUGGUUUGCCGUGAGAUUCAACUCAUGAUGUGCACUUAACCUGCACAUCAUGCCUCGCGCUAAAAUUUUGUUUUCCUUUAUGUUAAUUUUUCUCAGAUCAUUUUUAAAUUUCCUGGUUAAUUUGCAAACAUUUCGCAUUACAACGUCAGUAGCGAAUAUUUUGUUGUAAUAGUAUUGCUUUUCUCAUCAAUCAAGUUGUUCAGCUUGAUAUUGGGAUCUUAUGAUUUCAAAAGUUCGUCUCUCUUCGACAA